AUGUCAACUCCCGCAACCUCAGACUACCAUCACGUCGUCCACCAGGGGCACCAUCCGCACCAGACACACUCCCCAGGCCAGCCCUCACGGUCGCAUUCGACGCGCUCCCGCCCAACCUCGUCGGCUGCCGCUGCUGGUGCUGGUGCUCCACACCGUUCCGUCUCCCAUCAUCACCACCAGGGCCAUCAUCACGCCCACGGCCACUCCCGCCAGAGCUCCUCCGCCGCCCGUCCCGUGCAAGACAUCCUACCCCAGCGAGACUAUGAGACCAGCAACGUAGCCUCCAAGAGAAGUUCCAGCAGAGACCGCCACGCUCCGCCCGCGUCGCGGGGUCCCGACCCGAAAGACAUCCACCGUCGGUCCAGCACCCGUUCAGCGUCGACCCGCCCGCCGCCAGGAGACAUGGCCGGACCUACUGCCGUCGCCAACAAUGCCGGCCCCAAUGCGAUUCCGCCUGUGAUGCAGGCCGCGGCCGACGCCCGUGCCACCGGUGCCAAGACCAGGACGACGCGCACAUCGAUCCCGACCCAGUCGGGCAAAUGGAUUCUGGGCAAGACGAUCGGCGCCGGUAGUAUGGGCAAGGUCAAGCUUGCCAGGAAGGAGGACGGGACAGAGCAGGUCGCCUGCAAGAUCAUACCGCGGGGCUCAACCGAUGAAAACCACAACAGCCGGGCUGAUAAAGAACGAGCAGACCAGUCCAAGGAGAUUCGCACUGCACGUGAGGCUGCCAUUGUGACCCUCCUCGACCACCCCAACGUCUGCGGACUGCGGGAUGUCGUGCGGACAAAUCACCACUGGUACAUGCUCUUUGAGUAUGUCAACGGCGGCCAGAUGCUGGACUACAUCAUUUCCCACGGCAAGUUGAAGGAGAAGCAGGCGAGGAAGUUCAGCAGGCAGAUCGCAAGCGCACUUGAUUAUUGCCAUCGAAACAGCAUUGUCCAUCGAGACCUGAAGAUCGAGAACAUCCUGAUUGCAAAGACAGGCGACAUCAAGAUAAUCGAUUUCGGUCUCAGCAAUCUGUUUGCCCCGAGGGGACACCUCAAGACCUUCUGUGGCAGUCUUUAUUUUGCCGCCCCCGAACUUCUUCAGGCUCGAGCGUACACAGGACCCGAGGUAGAUGUGUGGAGUUUCGGCAUUGUGCUCUACGUACUGGUCUGUGGCAAGGUGCCCUUUGAUGACCAGAGCAUGCCGGCAUUGCAUGCAAAGAUCAAGAAGGGUGUGGUGGAUUAUCCGGGGUGGCUCAGCACUGGUAUGCUUCGGAAGCCUCCCUUUAUUGUGAUCAAGUUUCCGCUGACCCCCUUCAUAGAGUGCCGACAUCUUCUCUCACGCAUGCUCGUGACGGACCCAAAAACCCGUGCGACCAUGUGGGAGGUCAUGAACCACCCAUGGAUGACCAAAGGAUACGGGGGACAGCCAGAGAAUCACCUACCGGCACGCGGGCCGCUCAGUCUACCUUUGGAUAACGAGGUCAUCAACGCAAUGACGGGCUUCAAUUUUGGGCCUCCUGAGGUCAUCAAGGCGCAACUCACAAGGCUCAUAGAAUCUGACGACUACAAGAGGGCCGUCUCCAUGAUGCAGAAGGAAAAGGAGGUUCCGGCGCCGAUCAAGGACGUUGAGAAGAAAAGGGGCUUCGGGUUCGAUUUUUACAAGAGGAGAAACUCGGCUAACAGCCGAGACAACUUGGUAACCCCGUCCACAGAAACGCUGGCACUCGGCAGCGACCCUCUGAAUGCAUUCAGCCCCUUGAUUUCGAUAUACUAUCUUGUCAAGGAGAAGCAGGACCGAGACAGGGUCGAUAUACAACCAAAAUCACACCCACCCAAGAACGCCGCGGAUUCGCCGUUGCCUGAGAUUGUGCCGCCCCAGGCGGCACACACCAACACGGCAGCCUACGAAAUGCCGGGCGAGAAGCCAACAGGUGGCAGGUCUCGUCCUAGAGCCCGGACCCAUGGUGAAGACGACGCCCCGGAGGAAGUCAAGAAGGCUCAGGCAUCGCCCCCUAUACCUAAUGUACCAGAUGGGCAGUUGGAGGUGCCGCACAAGAAGGAAAGCACGGCGGCGGGCAUACUCAGACGCUUCAGUACAAGGCGGCGCAAGGAGCCCGAACGACUGGAGAAGGACCGAUCGCAUCCACCCGUGGUUCAUGUCCACUCUCCUGCAGACGCACCAACCACGCCGCGGAAAAGCUUCAGUAUCAGGAGAUCGCGCCGUGAUCGAGACGAAGCGCAAGGCUCGCAACUGCGUUCCGGCAGUAGCCAGCCUCACCACCGAGCCCUGUUGAGCCCCCCACUUUCGGCCGGGGAUAGUACCUCGAGUAAGAAAGGCCUCGGGCGGUCUACCAGUGUCAACUCGGGCGACUUUAGGAGACGGCCGUUUGGCUCUGACAACCGGAUCCCCAAGGAGCCACCGGCCACCAGCGGUUCGGACCACUCAGCCUCGGAGAAGCCGGCAGCAGACCAGAAGGCCACAGCCAAUGCGCGGACCGCUUCGAUGAGGGCCAAAUCGCUUGGUCAUGCUCGAAGGGAGAGUAUACAAGCAAGACGGCAGAAGAGAGAAGGAGCUCGGGCGGCCGACGUACCCGAGGAGACGGACGCUGAGCUCGGUGAGGCCAGUGGCGCUUCGGCGGAGCGACUGGACGACUCGGAACUCUCGAAGCCCGUCUUCCUGAAGGGCCUAUUCAGCGUGUCGACCACGUCGUCGAAAUCCGUGCCCGCAAUCCGGACCGAUAUCAAGAGAGUGUUGAAGCAGCUGGGCGUCGACUACACGGAGAUCCGGGGAGGUUUUAGCUGCCGUCAUCGACCCAGCAUCGACCUUGACAAGGUGACCGAUCUGCCCACCAGCCCCUCGGCCACACCCGGGCACCGACGCAGGUUCAGCUUCGGUAUCCGCAGCGAGAGGGAACGCGAAGAGCUACGGGACCUGGACCGACCGCCGGCCACGCCCCGAACACCCGGGAAGGGGCCGGACAGGAGCGACUCCAACUCGGAGGUAUCGGAAGAGGACAGUAUCCGUGAUACGACGGACGCGGCUCGACGUGUGCCGGGCGAAACCACGACGCAGGUGCAGAGCGAUCUGGGCGGCAGCAUGACUCUGGAGUUUGAGAUCUUCAUCGUGAAGGUUCCACUGCUCUCACUGCACGGCCUCCAGUUCAAGAGAAUGGAGGGCAACACGUGGCAGUUCAAGAACAUGGCCGACCAGAUCUUGAAGGAGCUGCGAUUAUAA